AUUUAAUUAGCUGUCUACAGUGAUUCCUAUUAGUAAUGAAGAUUAUAGAAGAAAUAAAAAAUCAAGUGGAGUAAGAAAUGAAAAAAAUGAUAGGAAAAUGCAUUGAAAAAAGAUACGCAAAGUUAACAGAGAAAAUAAAAAAGGAAUUUAUAAUAAAGGUUGUACGAGAUGGAUCAACUAUUAGAUAAGUAUUAUAAGAAUUAAAUUUAGGCUUCAUAAGAAUUGUGUAUAAAUUAUUCUUCUGCAAAAGCAAUCAUGUCAAAUUAUAGAAAAUAGAUUGGUGAUGGAAAAAAGAAAUAUAAUUUGGAACCAAGAUAGGUUAAAGUGAAUGAUAAAUAUGACUGGAAGAAAUUUAAAAUUCUGACAUAUUGUGAAGAAACAUAAACUAAUGAAUACACUAUGGAAACUUUUGCAUAAAAUAUUAAGAAAUCUAAUUAGGAUAAAGUUAUAAUAUGA